CUCACACUUGUCCGUUCCAAAUUUCAUCAUGUUUCUGCUCCAUGUAAAGAGGAGAUAAUGAAAUUCUAGGUUUGAUUGUUUUAGGAACCUGUAUAUAUUCCAUAUUCGGAGAUCUGAUUCUCGUUAUUUGGGGUUGAUGCUGUUACAUGUCUGGAAAAUGGUUAGUAUCCAUCGUUGCAGAUGCUUCUGCUUUUCUGCUCACAUUUUCCAUUUGGAGUUCAGGCAUGAAAUAGUGUUAGGCAUGAAGUAGUUCAGGCAUGUUCUGGUUACUAUGACUGAAGGUCAAUUUGUUCAGGAAAUUGCUUCUUGUGUUUGUUUGUUUUCUCCGUGAGUUCAAAAUAGCUAGAAGAUUAGUAGAUGACCAGAUUAAGUCACCUCAUUAUCUGGUGGUUGAUGCGGUUACAGACGUCUUUUUAUGUUCUUUUCAAUCUGCGGUGUUCCUUCCAGCUAAUGAAAAUUAACAAGCUUUCAUGACUAAAAGAAUGUAAUGUAGGAUUGAAAAUUGUUUGGAUGACACGAUUUGGCCUCAACUUUGGCAACCAAUCGAUAGACUUGAGUGUCACAUUUUGUGCUAAAUUGACGCAUUUCAGAAAUUUAACAUCUGACCAAAUGUCUUUGAAUUGUUUCAAUAGUCUUAUUCGCUUCCUUACAAAAUUCAUGUAGAACUCUUUUCAUGUAAUUAUUGUUUUACUAGUCAUGGCAAAGCUAGCGAUUGUUAUAGGUGGAUGAUGUUAUGAAAACUGCAGAUCUUUCUUUAGUAAAAGCCCCAAUUCAAAUCUCCUAGGAAAAUAGUUUUGUUUCUUAUCAGUUAAUAUUUUGAUAUUGUAUCGUAUCAGCAGCGUUCCUGCUGACCAGGGAUGAUUUGGUCACUCACCGUCCGGUUCCGGACGGUUGACAGCUAAGUGAUGAGAUCUGAUAUGAGAGCUGUCAACCGUCCGAUUGACCGGUGAGUGACCAAAUCAUCCUUGAUCAGCUGUUGAUCGGGGGAAUGGGACUGCGUAUCGUAUAUAACUAUAUAUGAGUGACUCUAAAUAGGUCUGGACGGGAGUCAAGCCCAGCACGGGUGUGCGUGCGGCUGUUGGCUAUAAAACCCGAAGAAGUUUCUUUCCCUAGCUUACUAGCUAGUUGCUAACAUUCUCGAACGAUCGAAACCCUCGGAUUCAGAUAAAAUAAAAAUAAAAAUAAAAAUAGAGGAUGGCCACCAUGAUGGAGAUGGAUAUUCCACUGCCAGCUUGCGAGGAAGCCAGAGCUAUUUCCCUGCGGAUGUAUGAUGCUUCGAGAGAGAACAUAUCUAACCAGAAAGCCCCCAAGCAAAUCAAGGCAAUAAGCCAGAAAUUAUCUACAUUAGCUUUGGAACAGGAGAAGCAAUCUGUUAGUAAACAUUUCAUGAAGAAGAAUAAGAAGAAGGAGGAGAGGAAGAAGAAGAAGAAGGAGGAGGAGGAGAAGAAGUCCAAGGUACCACGUUGUGCUUGCUGUGCAUCGUAUAAAGGUAAGAUGAAGAAGGAGAUACAUAUAUGGGUAAAGGCCACAAAGAAAGAAUUACGUAGGUUGUACCCAGAGCUGGAAGGGCAGUGGAGGAGGCAACAAGAAGUGCGUAGGAAGAAUCAUCUUGAGAUGUUGGCUGCUUACAAAAAGCGGCAAGAAGAGAAAGAGAAAGAGAAAGAGGAAGAGGAAGAGGAAGAGGAAGAGGAACUUGAGGAGGAGCAGAAAGAAGAAGAGAUAGAGGAAGAGGAACUGGAAGAGGGACCAGAAGAGAAACAGAAACGAAUUGAGAAAGAGAAAGAGAUGGAGCAACAGAAACAGAAAGAGGAGGAGGAAUUUGCUGCUUUUUUGGCAAGCGAAAAGGAAAAGGCCACCAAGAGUUUAGUGCCUUUUUUGUCCGCUUAUCCAUCAAAAGAAACUUGCUGCUGAGAGUUUCUUGCGUAGUUUGUCCUCUUAUGCAGCAAGGGCAGGACUAUGAAGGCCGAACCACGAGGGAAGCCAGUAGCCAACCGAUGAAGGAAUCUGCAAUGGUUCUUUUCUAUUGAACCAGAGUAAGGAUGGCAAAACCAAGUUACUACAUAUGCGACCAACUUUUAAAUUUAAGUUAUUUCAUGUAUGGACGUUACUGUACGUAAGAUCUAUUUUCUUUUGCUACAGUGGCAGUGUUAUUAUAUUUACUUCUGCUAUAAUAUAGUUGGAUUUAUUUUUUGUUUUUUU